AUAUUUAGCACACACUCCUCGUAGUAUUGUAUAGUACAAAUAGGUUGUAUGAACAGAUUUACGGGUAGUUGUUAGGAGUCGCUCGAGAAAAUAUCUGCCAAUAUGAAUCAAAGAAAUUUUUCGAUUAUUUUGACUUUGUUUUUGUGUGCAUGUGUGGGACAUACAUUGCAAAGUGAAUUUGCCAGAAAUCCUUUAAUUCCUGAUGUUGAAUGCGGCCGUUCGGUUGAGGGCCCUUCGUCUUCACUUGUUGGAAAUAAGGAGUUUCCCUGGGCAGUCAGAAUUUCAUUUAGCAAACGUCCCGAUCUAUUUGCAUGUGACGGAGUUUUGAUAAACCAAAGAUAUAUCCUGACUGCUGGCUUAUGUGUAGAAGAUAAGACUUUAACACGUCAAGGAAAUAUAGACAAAAUUCGCUUAGGAGAUCACAACUGCUUACCCGGUGAGGAAAAUUGUGACAGUAAGGAUUACGUUGAUGUUGAAAUCGAAAACGUAAUUUUACAUCCAGCCUAUGGAAGCCAAAAUCAAGUUAACCAUGAUGACAUCGGUUUAAUUCGAUUAAAAGAAGAUGUUAAAUUUACUGACAAUAUUUCACCAGUGUGCUUACCAAAACCUAACGAAGCAGCUAAACCUGGGGAGAAAGUAUUUGAAGUAGGAUGGUCUAGAAGGAGUAUUGAUAAACUGAAAGCAGAGAUUACCAUCAGCGACCAACAAAAAUGUUUUGAAAAUUACUCGAAAAAUUUCAAUUUCAACUUAACUGCUUCUCAUUUAUGUGCAGGAGGCUAUCCCGAUGGCAAGUGUGCAAGUUCUUCAGGUGGUGGAUUAGUCAGAUUGAGGCAACCUGAAGAGAAGUGGUUGUUAGAAGGUAUUACAUCUUUUGGACCAUCUGUGUGUAGUACAGACGUACCCAGUAUCUUCACCAAAGUGGAACCUUAUUUGAAAUGGAUACACGAAAACGUUAAAAAUUAAUAAAGAUGCUGUAUUGAUCGAUGAGCGUUUCUAAUAAAAUUUUAUACGUAUAAGAAAA